GAAAGCAUCUUCUUCACAAAACCGUUGUUGUUUAUUUGAAAAAACAAAAGGCUGCGGCAUUGUUGUGGCCGAAAAGCAUAUUCUACACAUUGUUUUUUGGAAGGCAAUUAUUUGGGAGGUGGCGAAGCUAGUGCUGGUUGCCGGAGUUCUGCAGUCAAUUUCUUCAAAUAGAGCUGAUUACAGUGCUCAGUAACAACAGGUGGCAGCUGAUAGGCAAGGCGAAGCUCUUGCUGUUGGCUGCAGCUUCUACAGUCAGUCUCUCUGCUGUUAAAGUCCAUAAAAGAUUGCUCGUCAAGAACAGGUUAUUCAGGAGUUUGGAACGAGGUUAUUAAUCAUUUCGUGGGAUAACUUAUGGAAUUCCGUCAGUUGAUUUCAAAGCUCAUCGAAUUGGAGAAAAGUAAGAGGUUCUUCUAUAUGGAUACUGAGAGGUUCUUCGAUAUGGAUAUUAAGGAUUUGUGUGAGAGAUUUUUAAACCCACACCUAUUGGAAUUGCCAUUGCCAGAUGUUGGAGACAACCAAAUUUAUUUCAUCGUCAAUGGCCUCAUGAAUUGCCUUAAGUUGAGAGCAGGACUUGAUCAAGAUAUGAUUGACCUAACCAAAGACCUUCUACAGAAGCUGAAGUUGUCAAAAAAUAUACUUGACAUUGCUACAAUGCAAGGUGUUGACCCAAUGCAACUGAUAUAUCUCUUGGCUCACUAUACAUUCAUGGUCAUAAAUGCUAAAUGGCUGAGAAACGUAUAUUUGUCUUAUUUUUAUCAAAGGGUGCCCCAUGACAUCCAAUUUCAAAUUUCUCAACUGCAUCGCAAGAUUGAGCUUGUUGAUCCCCAAUUUCAUGCAACUUCUGUACACGUCAUGAAAGCUUCAAAAGAACUAUCAAGGUCACCACUCACUUUUGUUCCAGAGAAGAACAAGUAUAUAGUGGCAGAAUUUGUUGACUCUCUCCUUGGUGCUCUUAGGCAGAUACUAGAUUUUCACAUCACUUUUAUGGUCCCUGUGCAGGAUCAUAUUCUGAAUCUCCAUGAGGGAGUAAAGUCAAUCAGUAUCCUUCUCCAUGUGAAGCAAGAGAAUUUCAAUGCUCUACCUGACAAAAUGAAGGAUCAUAUUGGAGUUGUGAUCAUUGAUUUAGGAAUUGUAAUUUGCUCCAUUUCAGUGAAUGAAAUAAAACAUGGCUUGGCAAAGGGAACAGAUCUUGCAAUUUCUCGUUUGGUGAAAGAUCUCCAAUUUGUGAUGCAAGAAGUUGCACAAACGCAUCCUCCAUCAUCAUCAUCACUCAGAUUCCCUAGGACUAACGAGCUGGGCUCUAUUGAUUUCUUCUUAGAGAAUCUCCAGGAAAUAGCAACUUCUGAGGCCGGUUCGAUUGCUUCCCCAAAGGAUCAAAUCCAAAUAAUCCAAGAAGAUCUUUUAUUUUUAAGAUCUUUCCUACAGAAAAUUGCAAAGCAGCGCAACCAGAACGUGAAAUUUCAAGCUCUUUGGGAUGGUGCUAUGGAGGUGGCCUACAAGGCAGAGUUUGUCAUCGACUCUGUUGCGCUUGGGGAUAGACUUGAAUGUUUGGAUACUGUUGCUGGAGAUAUCAAGCAUAUGAAGACUGAGGCCCUUAAAGUCUCUGACAGCAUCAGGAAUGAUGAUGAAGCUCAGAGAGUUGCCAACAACUCUAUUCACUUCAAAUCACAACUCAGUACCCUAGCACUGAAUGAAGUUCUGGUGGGUCUUGAUGAAGAGGUAAAGACAAUUGCAGAUAGGCUUACCAGGGGUUCAAACCAACUAGAUAUUGUUUCAAUUGUGGGUAUGGCUGGACUUGGUAAGACAACAUUAGCCAACACAAUUUACCAUCACCCUUCAAUUUUAGGCCACUUCCAUUUCCGUGCUUGGUGUACUAUUUCCCAAGUAUACAGCAAGCAGAAUUUGUUAGUUCAAAUUUUGUCCAGUAUUGGUAGUGGAAGUCAUGAUCAAUAUAUUAAGAUGCAUGAAGAUGAUUUGGUUGUGACGCUCUUCCAGCUUUUGAAGAGAAAUAGGUAUCUUAUCAUUUUGGAUGACGUGUGGGACAUUGGGGCAUGGAAUUUGUUGGAAAGAUCGUUGCCAAACGAUGCAAAUGGAAGCAGGAUUCUGUUCACCAGCAGGAUUGAGAAUUUGUCUUUGCAAUUUAAAUCUGAUAGCCAGCCUCACCAUCUCUGCCAUCUUAGUGAUAAAGAGUGUCUUGAAUUGCUUCUGAGGAAGAUAUUUGGCAAAGAAGAUUGUCCUCCAACGCUAAUCAAAGUUUUAAUGCAAGUAGCAAAUAAGUGCAAGGGGCUACCUCACACAGUUGUCAUUUUUGCUGGAAUUCUUUCAAGAAUUGAGCCAGACUGCUGGCAAGAAUUUGCAGACAGCCUCAAUUCCAACACUUCUAAUAGCACUGAACCAUUGGAGCUGAGUUACAUUCAUUUACCUGAAUAUUUGAAGCCAUGCCUUCUUUACAUAGGUGCAUUUCGAGAAGACCAAGAUAUUCCUGUCCGAAAGUUGUCAUGGCUUUGGAUCUCUGAAGGAUUUGUCCAAAAGAUAGAAGGGAAGAGUCUAGAUGAUGUGGCAGAAGACUACUUGAAAGAUUUGAUUGGUAGAAGUUUGGUAAUGGUAACUGAACAAAGAACUCUUGCUGGUGCCAAAAUUUGCCGACUUCAUGAUUUAGUACAUGAGUUUGUUGUGGCAAAGGCCAAAAAAGAAAGUUUUCUACAGAUUUCAUAUGGGAGUAAUGACCUUCUACAGAUUUCAAAUUGGGGUGAUGACCUUUCUACUUCUACUGGACCCAGCCCCCACCGACUGUGUAUGUAUUCGAUGAGCGGAAAGGAGCUUGCUAUGUCAAGGCCAUUUUUUCCUGGACUACGUUGUUUGCUCUACUUUGGUUAUGCUUGUAUGGGUUCAGAAAAGCUGCAUGAUGGCCCCAUUUGGUUUCUAAAAUCAAAACUUCUUAGAGUUUUAGAUUUUAGGGACAUGCUUAUUUCUGGCAAUUUUCCAAGCGAAUUAUUAUUGCUUGUGCACCUAAGAUACUUGGCAAUUAGCUUGUGGUAUUCAGCAUCCAUUCCAUCUGCCAUAGACAACCUCUCAAGGUUACAUACAUUUCUGGUAGGAGGCAAUGCUGUUGCUCGGUUGCCUAAUACUAUCUGGAACAUUAAGACACUGAGACAUCUAAGGAGAACAGAGUCUCCGCAGUCGAGUGGUUCAACACUUGGACAUCAAAGGAAUAAAACAUUCCCGCCGAGUGGUUUUACGUUACCCACUCGCGACAUUGAAAACUCCCCAAAUCUAGAUCAUUUAGACUCUUUUAGCCUUGCAAUUAACUGCUUUGGUGAACAAUUGCAGAAGAUACUGAAAAAGUUACCAAGCAUUCGUAGGCUAAAAUGCGUGCAUGCAGAUGCUGGAAAUCAGACUGGGAUUGUCAAGCUAGACAGUUUGAGUCGACUAGAAUCACUUCAGCUGCAUCGCUUUUAUGGCUGCAAGUUUGAAGUCCCAAUGAAUUUGAAAAAGCUCACUCUCUCACGCAAUAAAUGGCCGUGGAGUGAAAUUUCAACAAUUGGAAAAUUGCCCAAUCUUGAAGUGCUUAAAUUAGAAAAGAAGUCCUUCAUGGGGGAAAAAUGGGAAAUGCAAGAAGGGGAAUUCUCUAAGCUCCGAUUCUUGGAAUUGUCAAGAUUGAAUCUUUGCAACUGGACUGCCUAUAAUUCUGAUAAUUUUUCUCAUCUUGAGAAAUUGGUUUUGUAUAGCUGUCUACGGCUGGAAGAGGUCCCUCUUUGUUUAGGGGAAAGUUCUACCAUUGAAAUGAUUGAGGUGGAAUUUUGUCGCAAGUCUCUCGUAAGUUAUGUAGAACAAAUUCAGCAAGAACAGAUGGAGAUGGGAAACCAGGAUUUGAAGGUCGUUAUCACACACGCCAUUUGAUAGGCGGCACAAUUCUAUUUAUGCUGCAAAAUUGACAACCCUUUUAGGCUUUUGUGGCAUUAGUGCGGCAGAAAAGGAAAAAGCCGUUAUUAAGAACACUCUAAAUGACGGGGCUGUAAAUUAGUUUAUAUUUCCUGGGGCUAAAUACAUUUUCCUGAGUAGAAAUUACUUGUCUUUCGGGAAUCUAUUUCCCGAGCAAAUAUUCCAUUUUCUCUCUCCCUUCUUCCCUUCUUUCACUGCCUCUUCCAUUUUCUCUCUUUACAGCCAGAAGAGCUCAAUCUGUAUCCCUCUACUCAAUUGUGUUUCUCCUCCAUUAUCUCUAGUAGUUCUCUGUUUCAUGAAAAGAAAGAAGGCUAGAUUUAAUCCCUAUUUGUGUUUUAAUCUCAAUUUUCUUCAUCAUUCAUAAAUUCCGAUCAAUAGCAGCAUCAUUUUUGAGGAUUUUAGUGUCAAUCUCUCUUCAUUUCCAAGUCUUUGUGCAUAAAUUGAAGGAUCCAAACAUCACAGAGCUGGUUUCACUUCUCCAACUCUGAAUUCCUAAUUAUCGCUGAGGAAUCUCUCUUAGGUGUUGCCAUUUAAAUGCGAGAUUCUUGCAAUUUUGGGGGGUUAUGGAUUGGCGGCAAUUGGAAAGUUUUUGGAAAUUUGAACUGUUGAAAAGGAAAUCCAUGUAGGUGCUUUCCUGGGGCAAUUGAGAAUUUAUAUAGCAAGUAUGGCAGGAAUUUCUAUGGAAUAUGAGAACUCCUUAUAUCUUCUGUUGACGGCAGUAAGUAGAGGAGUAGAUCCUCAUAUAUGGUCUGAUUUUUGCUGAGCAGAUUUACUGGAGUUGAAGGUCCAAUUCCUUCCUAGCUAGCUGAAGAUCUACUUAGCAUUUUUUUUUCUUGCAAAAUGGUAGCAGAAGGAAGCAGGGUACAAAGAGCAAGUUUACAAGGAAAGGAUUGUGAGGGCAUGCAAACAAUUCAUUUGAGGUUCAGAAUUCUCGUGAUUGCAGUGACAACCAUGGUCAUGGCAUUGUCUGUCACACUAAUAUGCUCUCCAUGCUUUUCUUUUCCUCUUUAUCGAGUUGAUCUGGAAUAAUCUUAAGGGAAUAAUCUAUAUAUCAUCCGAAUUUCUGAAAUCUUCUGUUGCACUUAUCAGUUCCUUCUAUGUAUUGUAGUCAGAGUAAUAUAGAAAAUUGUAGAUGGCUUCUACUUGUCCCAUAGACACUAAAUGGCUCAUGGAAGGUAGUGAGGAAAAGGAAAGACUUUCCCUUGGAAUUUGUUUCUCACGUCUGGUUGCAGAGGUAAAGCAGCAGGGAAAAGGAAUCAAAGAAUUUGGUGAGGAGUUUGGAAGUAUAAUUUGCCUACAAUCCCUUUGCUCACUAAAAUGUGCGGAAACGAAGGAAUUGGUCAUCUGUUGCAGGUCGAAGCGCCCAUUUUAUUUCGAAUUAUAUAGGACUUCCACUGAGAUUUGGCAGUUUGGGAUUUGUGUCUGUGCAAGAAGCAACUGAAGGAGGCAUUCUGGAUCUUUUCUUUGGUCUGAAAUGUGAAGUAUUCGACAUGACUAGGAAGCAUAAAACAACUCUAAUGUUUCGAACUCAGCACAGUUCAUGGGCUGUGCUCUAGAGAGGCUUCAUUACUAUUCGUAAUUGUUCUUUUUUGGUUCAAAGUAUGUUGAUUUAGUCAGAAUCUUUCCUG